AUGUCUUUGCCUCCAGAAGGGAAGCUGGAGACCAAAGCCGGACACCCUCCCGCCGUGAAAGCCGGCGGAAUGCGGAUUGUGCAGAAACACCCACACACGGGAGACGGGAAGGAGGAAAAAGACAAAGACGAGCAAGAAUGGGAAAGCACCAGCCCGCCUAAACCAACAGUGUACAUCUUCGGUGUUAUUGCCCGGGGUGACAAAGACUUUCCCCUGGCGGCUGCACAAGUGGCCCACCAGAAGCCGCAUGCCUCCAUGGACAAACAUGUUUCUCCAAGAACACAGCAUAUCCAACAACCUCACAAGUGACCUGCACCCAGGCCCCUGCACCCUCUGCAGCCACAGCACCCUGGCCCGCCCCCUACGAUGUUCCCCUGACCAAAGGAACUUGCACUUUCCAGGCAGUUUACUAAGUUCAGAAGCCUAAGGCAAAGCAAAGUGAACCCUCAUUGUCUCAGAUCCCCAUAUUUAAAACUAGAGAGGCUCCAACUGCAAAAGUUUUCCUUGAGUCCGAGUUGUGUGUCACUGAAGGGUCACCAUACCCCAC